AUGCAUUCCAACAGCUGUUUUACCCCUCUGUUCUCCUUUACUGGCCCUGCUGUGAAGAGGCUGUUGGGCUGGAAGCAAGUGGACGAGGAAGAAAAGUGGGCUGAAAUGGCAGUGGAUUCCUUGGUGAAGAAGCUGAUGAAGAAAAGGGGUGCCUUGCAGGAACUGGAGAGAGCCCUCAGCUGUCCUGGGCAGCCCAGCAAAUGUGUGACCAUCCCCCACUCCCUGGAUGGAAGGAUGCAGGUCUUCCAUCGCAAAAGAUACCCGCAUGUCAUCUACUGCCAAGUAUGGCGCUGGCCUGAUUUGCAGUCCCAGCAUGAAUUGAAACCUCUAGCCUGCUGUGAAUUCCCCUUUGGCUCUAAGCUAAAGGACGUCUGCAUCAACCCUUACCAUUAUCAAAGGGUGGAAGCCCCAGUGUUGCCUCCAGUCUUGGUUCCAAGACACAGUGGAUUCAACCCAUGGUUCAGCCUCCUUAUCCCAUUCCAAAAUGCCUCUCUUGAAAGUGAGCAACAGAUGUCCAACAGUGCAACUCAUCCUGAUCCUCACCCUGCAAAGCAGCCUCCCUGCAUUCCUUUCUCAGAAUCCCACAAUAUGCACACACCAUCAACAAGCAGCAUGGACUACUCAGUGACCCGAGGAAAUGCAGCUGCCCGAGAAAGGACUUCUGAGCUCACAGGUGUCCACCUGUAUUAUGUAGGUGGAGAGGUCUUUGUUGAGUGUUUGAGCAACUGCAGUGUUUUUGUCCAGAGCUCAAAUGCCAACCGUGAGUGCGGUCUCCACCCAAGCACCAUUUGCAAAAUCCCCAGUGGAUACAACCUGAAGAUUUUUAACAACCUACUCUUUGCACAACUGCUUUCCCAGUCGGUUAACUACGGUUUUGAGGCAGUCUCUGAGCUCACCAAGAUGUGCUUCAUCCGGAUAAGCUUUGUUAAAGGCUGGGGAGCAGGAUACCAUCGCCAGGCGAUCACCAGCACCCCUUGUUGGGUGGAGAUCCAUCUUCAUGGAGCUUUAAAAUGGCUGGAUAAGGUGCUGCGGGAAAUGGGCUCUCCAGAGGUUCCCAUCUCUUCCAUUUCAUAA